AUGUCAGAACAACCAAUAACCAAAGAGCAAUUAAUUCAGCGUCACAAGAAAGAAUCCAAGGAUUUAAUAGCGACAAUAACUGGAUUAAAAAAACAAGCUACAAAAAAGACGAGAAAGAAUGUCAAUGCCAAAUGUGAACAAUUACAACAAGAAUUAGAGACUAAACAUAAACAAGAGCUAGCUGAAUUAGACGGUAAUCCUGUCAAUGCAGAAGAUGAAGAAGUCACUCCUGAACAGCUACUUGCCCAAUUGAGCCUAACAGAAGAACAACCUCAACAACAAAGCUCCGAAACUGCAACUAAUGAUGUUCCGCCUGUACAGAAGAAGAGAAACAGACAACAAGAAAGGUUAAAUCGAAGAAAAGCUGAAAUUGAAAGAAUAAAAGCGGAAGCUGCUGAAGAAGCAGCAAACACUAUUGAUUACCGUCAGAUUGAAAUUGACUCUAUGAAUCAACUCUUGAGUAUAAACAACCUUUAUUCAUUUGAUAUUAAACCCGAUGGUCAUUGUUUGUUUGCUUCGAUUCAAGAUCAAUUAAAAAUACGUCAUUCCAUCGAGAAAACCAUUCAGGAUUUACGUGAUUGUUCUGGAGAAUAUAUCAAGUCCCAUCUGGAUGACUUCAUUCCGUUUUUGUUUGACGAAAAUACAGGUAGCUUGAGGGAUAUUGACGAGUACAUAGAAGAAUUAACAACAACUGCUAUGUGGGGCUCAGAUAUGGAGAUUUUGGCCUUAGCUAAUACUUUUGAAUGCCCAAUAAGUGUGUAUAUGGCUGGAGCUUCAACAAUGACAAUAAAUCCAACUGGAAAAGCACCCGAAUUAAAGUUGGGAUAUUAUAAGCAUUCGUAUGGUCUUGGUGAACAUUAUAAUUCAUUAAGAGAUUUACCACGUGAAGACAAAAAUUGA